AUGGGUGAAGCUGGAGCACCGAUGCAAUAUUUGCUGGAACUCUGGAAUGAGUGGGAGAUCCAAGUUGUUAUAGUUGCCAGCUUCAGUCUGCAGGUUAUCCUCUUCUUCUUUGCAGGCAUCCGCCGCUACAACACCUCGUUUGUUGUCAAGGCCCUCCUCUGGCUGGUGUAUCUGCUCGCCGAUGUCAUUGCAGCAUAUGCCUUGGGGCACAUGUCCUCGUCAUUGUCGAAGAAAUCGAACCAGCUGAUGCCGUUCUGGGCGCCAUUCCUCGUCCUGCACCUUGGCGGCCAGGACACCAUCACCGCCUAUGCCCUGGAGGACAAUGAACUCUGGCUGCGCCACCUGCUAAACAUGUUUGUGCAGGUCGCCGGCACCGCGUAUGUGCUGUACAAGUACAUCAAAGCAGGCGGGGCGACCUUUGCCCGUGCCGCUAUGUGGGUUCUGGCCGCCGGAGUUUUCAAGUACGUCGAGAGGAUACGGGCAUUGAAGCUUGCAAGCAAGAAAGGUUCUGCUCGUGGUCCGAGUGGUUGGAAUAUUCUGUGUAACCUUUAUGCGUGCGUCCUAAGGAGAGAGUACCCUUCCAGGCCGUCACCUCCGGCGUGGAUGAAUGGAAGAUACAGCAUCACCAAAAACAAAAAGUUUGGAAUUUAUGCAUUUAUUGUAGCGAAAGCACACAUGUUGUGCCUUAUACUUGUCAAGCCUUUAAUCAUAGACAGGAAUGAGGCGUCCAUAAAUUGGAAUUGUGACGAGAUGGCCCUACUAAAGGGUCAUGGGCAAGGAUAUCAAUGGGACGACGACAAGAGCAAAGUUGCAUCGGAAGAGGAGAAGAGGCAAAUUGGCGAGGUGUGCACGGAAAUAGAGGUGGAGCUCGGCCUGAUGUACGACAUGUUGUACACCAAGGCAGAAGUGAUCCACACAUGCAGUGGCUACUGCACCCGUGCCAUUUCAUUUCUGUCUUGCUUUGCCGCUCUUGUGGUCUUCACAAAGAGCAAAAGAGAUAGCUACACCACAACCGACAUUGUGAUCACUUUUGCUCUUCUGGGCGGAGCUUGCGCAAUGGAGGUGGCAUCUGUUUUCAAGGCGAUUGGGUCGACCUGGGCAUUUGCUGUCCUGAUAGACCACGGAUGGUAUCGACUGGCCGAUGCGAUUCUUUUUGCACGGUCCCACCUUGUCGUCGUCAAGGAUGGAAGGUGGUCCAAUUCCGUCGGGCAAUUUGACUUCAUAUCUUCUUGUGUUCGCAGCAGCAAGUUCGACCUCAAGGAAAUAAUAGCCAUUUUGAUUGGGGCCCGGGACUUGUGGAAGAAAGCUUGCUACACAAAGCAUGUCGAGCUUUCGCCUACCCUGAAGGAGUUCGUUUGGGACUUCCUCAAAGGUACUAAGAGUCAUCUGGUUGAAAUUGAAGAAGUGGAAUUCCGAAGUGGGAACUGGGCUCGCAGGUUCAAGGGCAUUGACCAGAGCGAACAUGACCUCGAUUGCAGCCUGAGUUUUGAAUUUCAUAAAAGCAUGCUUAUCUGGUAUAUAGCCACAAGCACGUUCCUCAAUAACCCUACCGUCGAGAAGCUGGUCAACAAGAAAAUGGCUCAAGAAGUCAAUACUCUCUCUCAGUACAUGAUGUACCUUCUCGUCCAGCACCCUGACAUUUUGCCCAAGAAACCAGCUGCUCGAGACCUGCUUGACCAAACCCGUAGAAAUUUCCCUUUCUGUCGUCAGAGAGACGGCUUUGAUGAGGGUGGGCGUCAGGUAAUUCUGGAUUACAAGAUGCUUGCAGAAGAGGAUGAUGUGCUGAUGAAAGCAUGCACCCUUGCUCACACAAUGCUCGUCAUGAAAUUGGGGCUCGCACACAAGAUGGCGAUAAUUGGAACAGUGUGGAUGGAGAUGUUGUGCUACGUAGCAACCAAUGCAUCUGGGGGAUUCCACGCCAGGCAGCUGAGCAAUGGUGGUGAGUUUCUGACCCACAUCCUACUCCUCACUAAAUAUUCUUCUCUUAUAUACAAGAAACCAAUGCCGUCCAUAGAAGCUGAUGACAUAUCGUCUCCUUCUAGUAUUUUUCGUAUUCUUACUACUACCACUCCCCAAGUCGUACUGUAUGUGGACAAUGGCUGCAACGAAGAGGUCACCGAAAUCCCCUGA